UGACUGGCUGUCGGUCUCACCUCAUUCCUCAAAUUGUGCGCUACGACUAGAGAAGCCAUGAAUGACGGGACGGAGCACAUGAGGAACUGACAUGGCAUGAACUUGGACGCUCUGGGACAGAAGGCUUGUGAGCUGAGACGAGGAGAUCUUCAGCUGGACUGGAGUCAAACCACCUAACAGGGAGAGGAAACAGUGAACAGGGGAACAACAGGAGGUCAAAAAGGGCAGAUUCCCUCAGAAAGAAAACGAGGAGACCCGAACAGAAGAGGAAAAGGGGGGGCGUUGACCUCUUGACCCUACAACUUGCAUCAUCAUGGACACAGACAUAGACAAUAGCCUCAAUCACCCAAAAGGCUCUUCGCAGCAUCAGGACACAGAGUUAUUCUCGUCAGAAGAAGACAGCAGUCUCUACUUCACCUACAGUGGAGGGUGCAAUGAGCUGGAGGUCAACAACCUGCACUAUGAGGUGGACACAGCAGCUCAGAUCCCCUGGUACGAGAGGUUGUCAGAGUUCAAACUGCCCUGGGAGAUAAAGGGAAACAAGCAGACGGCCAUCAACAACCUCAGCCUUCGCGUUCGCAGCGGACAGAUGCUGGCCGUUAUCGGCAGCUCAGGCUGUGGUAAAACAUCUUUGCUGGACAUAAUAACAUGUCGAGAUGAGGGCGGCACGAUGACGUGCGGUCAGAUUCUGAUCAACGGGAAGCCCAACACUCCGCAGCUGGUGAAGAAAAGCAUCGCUCAUGUCCGCCAAGACGACCGCCUCCUUCCUCACCUCACCGUCCGCGAGACUCUCGUGUUUGUUGCCAAACUGAGGCUCCCCACCCACUUCACACAGGCUCAGAGAGACCAGAGGGUGGAUGAUGUUAUCGCAGAGCUGCGGCUGCGUCAGUGUGCACACACCAGGGUGGGAAAUGACUAUGUGAGGGGUGUUUCUGGAGGAGAGAGGAGGAGAGUCAGUAUCGCUGUCCAACUUCUCUGGAACCCUGGUAUUUUGAUCCUGGACGAGCCCACAUCAGGAUUGGACAGCUUCACAGCCCACAACCUGGUGAUCACGCUGUCCCGCCUGGCCCGGGGAAACCGCCUGGUCCUGCUGUCAGUCCACCAGCCCCGAUCGGACAUCUUCCAGCUCUUCGACCUCGUCGUCCUGCUGUCGUCAGGUUCAGCCGUUUACUGUGGUGCAGCUCGUGACAUGGUGCCUUACUUCACUGCACUUGGAUACCCCUGCCCACGAUACUGCAACCCCUCUGACUUCUAUGUUGAUCUGAUCAGUAUAGACCGACGCAAUCCAGAGCGAGAGGCCGAGUGUUUGGAGCGGGCCAGAGUUCUGUCAGAGCGGUUCAUGGAAAAGGUCAGAGACACAGAUGAUCACAUGUGGAAACCAGCUGGGACCAACACAGCACCAACACAAACUGAAAGCAUCUCCUGCAGCCCUCAGCAGCCCAGCAGGACAGAGGGAGAGGAAGUAAUCACUAUUUCCAAGCAAACAAACAGACUGCCAGGCAGACUUCACCAAUUUACCAUCCUCAUCAGGCGUCACAUGUAUAAUGACUUCAGAGACCUGGUCACCUUAUUGGUCCACGGCUUCGAGGCCCUCCUCAUGUCACUGCUGGUCGGUUGUCUGUACUACGGGGCAGGAGAAGAGCGUCUGUCCAUUCAGGACACGGUGGCUCUCCUCUACAUGAUCGGAGCUCUCACCCCAUUUGCUGUGGUGCUGGACGUCAUAGCUAAAUGUCACACAGAGAGAGCCAUGCUCUACCACGAGCUGGAGGACGGCAUGUACUCUGUCACCUCCUACUUCUUUGCCAAGGUCCUGGGGGAGUUACCAGAACACUGUGUGUUCACCUUGGUCUACGGGCUGCCCAUCUAUUGGCUGGCCGGGCUUAACGAUGCUCCGACCAGUUUCCUCCUCAACUUCCUGCUGGUGUGGCUGAUGGUUUACUGCAGCCGAGCCAUGGCUCUGUUUGUUGCUGCUGCGCUGCCCACCCUGCAGACCUCAGCCUUCAUGGGCAACUCCUUGUUCACCGUCUUCUAUUUGACUGGAGGAUUUGUCAUCAGCCUUGAGAAUAUGUGGCUUGUGGCCUCGUGGCUCUCUCAUGCCUCCUUCAUGCGUUGGGGUUUUGAGGGCAUGCUGCAGGUGCAGUUCAGAGGAAACAAGUACCCCGUCAGCAUUGGAAACAUCACCAUUAACGUUGACGGCAUACACGUGGUGGAGGCCAUGAACAUGAACCAGUACCCUCUGUACUCGUGCUAUCUAGUCCUGCUGGCAGUUUGUCUGGGCUUCAUGGGGCUCUAUUACUUGUCCCUAAAAUUCAUCAAACAGAAGUCUAGUCAAGACUGGUGAACACAUCUGGGCCAAUUGAAAUCACAUGCAACAUCAGCAGGGUGUCCCCCCCCCCCCCCCCAGAAGGAAAUCAUUUGGGUUCUAGUUCGACUGGUUCGACACUGAGCUUUCUGUCAUUGGUUUUACUGAUCUUAUGAUGUUUUACAGUGGAAAAAAAAUGAAAGGAAAUAUAUAUAUGUUGUCUUUUAGAAUCUUUAGAUUUUAACAAUAAGUUCAAGAUCAGAAACUCUUGUACUCUUUUAAAUUGUAGAAAGACAUGAAAUAUGCACCCUUGCACCUCAGCAGGGUCUUAAUGUAUGCAAUAAUUCAUGCAGCAUAUUUGACUUAUCAAAACGUUUUCAACAUGUUCAGUGUUUACAGUUUAAACUGUUUAACAGAAUACUAAAAGAAGAGUUGUACUCACUUCGUGUUGGGUUAAGAAGCCUUUGUCACAGUACUGCUGUUUGCUGCUGGAUGGCAGCAGAGCACUGCAAUAAGGCCAGUGUUAAAAUGAUGGAAUUUUCUUUUUCCUUUCCCUCUCUUCUCUGUCUUGGCAAAUGAUUAGAGUGCUACUUUGGCAGAUAUCCAUCUGCAGCUUUUGCUUGUUCCAUUUUCAAUCUUCUUUUUUUCUACAGCUUUAUCUUUUUUGUGUAUGUAAGGUUAUUAAGCUUAACAAUGUGUACACCAGUAUAAAGAGCAAUGGAGGAAAAAAGCAAAGAGGAGAUUUAGUAAGUCACACUCAGGAAAAAAAUGGAGCUUGUACUUGUUGUGUCCUCAAAGAUUGAAGAUUAUGUAAGCUAUGUGUUUUUGCACUGGUGCAAAAGCCUGAUAAAUUUUUUACCAACAUGGUUUGAGUCCAAAUUAGUAAAGUAUUAAAUCAAAUUGCUCCACGUGAGCGUGUUUAUUUUUGUCUUCAUACUCUGCCAUACUUUGGCCACGUCAUUCAGUUACAUAGUGUAGUCACUUGUAGCUGGGCAGUUUCAUAACAAUGGAUGCUACUGAUGACGUUACUUUGUUACCCUUAAAAAGGUUCUUCAUGUAAAAUCAUAAAGGGAUUAUCACGUCCAUGUAACACUAUAGUGGGAAACAACCAAUGUGUGUUAUCUAAUUUCUCUAAGCCACAUGAAACAGAAUAUUUCUUUGGUCAGUACUGGAGCACAAAAAGCCAAGCAGGUGCGCGUGUGCUCCACACCAAAAAGUUGCAACACUCAGCAUUCACAGUAUGUGAAGCUGUGCCUGGAUGUGGAAGUAGUGAGCGUGGCUCCUGUCAGAUGUAACAUCUUCUCCAUCAUUGAUGAGGCAGAAUCUCUUGUCUCAAGCACACAGGUGCAAUGUGGGCAUUGAAAUUCAGAGAAAAGAGCAUGUGAACAAUAAACUGAAGAGAAUAAUUUCA